AUGGCGGCUUUGGAUCGAGAGAUCGAGCUCGAUAGUGGGGCAGCAGUCCGAGUGGCGCAGGAUCUGGAUCUUGGGCUCGGCGGCUCGGUGUGGGAUGCCUCUAUCGUGCUCGCAAAGUACCUCGAUCACAUCCAGCUGGACGGCUUGAUGUACCCAACUGCGCUUGGUGCCGGCGUUGGCGGCGACGUCGGUGAGGGCUCCGGCCCAGGGUUGGCCCCGGGAGUCCAGAACCCGUCGAGUCCAAGCCCGAGCGUGCCGGGCCCCGCAGAUACGCUCUGGCUGGAGAUCGGAGCCGGGACGGGAGUGCUCGGGCUGGCGGUGGCCGAGCUCCUUCGCGGGAUGGCGAGGAGCGGCAGCGGAGCAGUGGAUGUGGUCGUCACCGACAUCCCACCGGCUCUCGCGCUGCUGGAGAAGAACGUGGCAAACUACGUGGCCGAGCACGGGCUGGAGACGGUCACCCUUGCUUGCGGCGAGUUGCCGUGGAGCGUCGAGCCGGGCAAGGUCGAGGUCGCAGUGGCUGGCAUCCCGGGCUUGGCCGACAAGCUUGCCAACGCCCCCGGGCUUGCCGUCCUCGCGGGGGCUUGCGUGUACGAGGCCGACGACUUUCCUGCUCUCCUCUGCACGCUCGCCACGCUAUGUGCUGCUCUUCCGCUCGGUGCGCCCGUGAGCGUGGUUAUGGCUACCGAGCUCCGCGGCCAGGGCGAGAUCGGGUUCUUCCGCCAGGCGCGCGGGCUCGGGUGGAACGUGCGGUACAUCGAGGCCGACGCGCUGCAUCCGGACUGGGUUGCCGACGACAUCGUCGUCGUGGUCCUCACCAAUGAGCUGGGCGCGCCUGUGACGGGAUGCUGA